UUUUGAUUCCAUUUUGUGACGAAAUUAUCAUUUUUUAUCGAGAUUUUCAAUGGAAUUCUUUUAUUAAAACAUCAAAUCAACUUCCUAACAAUCUAUCACGAUGCCCGAAUACGAAAUAAACGGCGUUCAAGUGCAUUUUCCGUUCGAACCUUAUGAAGUUCAACGAAAUUACAUGUCAAAAGUCAUUGAGGCACUGCAAGGAAGUACAAAUGCUGUCUUGGAAUCGCCUACAGGCACGGGAAAAACACUUUGUUUGCUUUGUUCGAGUCUUGCAUGGCUUCAAACGAAGAAGGCACAAGUUCAGGCGAGCAAAUUGAAACCUUUGGAUAUGUUGAAGGAGCAAGAAGGCUUGGUUCAACCCGCUAAUUGCUUGAAUAACCUCCAAGAUGACUUCUCAAAAGAGCUGGAUUCUGCUUGCGGAGCCAAAGGAGGAGCUUGGGGAGUUCCCAAAAUCAUUUACGCGUCUCGAACACAUUCACAGUUGUCGCAAGCGAUGGCUGAAAUGAAACGCACGACAUAUUCCUACAUGAAAGCUGCCGUUGUUGGAUCACGCGAUCAGCUGUGCAUCCAUCCCGACGUCACAAAAGAAUCGGGAAACUCGAAUAAAAUUCACAUGUGUCGAGCUCACGUUCAAGCUCGUACUUGCGGCUUUUAUCAGCGUGUCGAUCAGAAGAAAGAUCAUCCGGAUUUUCGUGAAGCUUCCGUUAUGGACAUUGAAGAUUUGGUUACCGCAGGAAAAAAACACAAAUGUUGCCCGUAUUUCUUGUCGAAAGAGAUGGUUGAAAAGGCGGAUAUUAUUUUUAUGCCUUACAACUAUUUGUUGGAUCCGAAAGCAAGAAAAGCGAAUAAUAUUGAGCUCCAUAACUCGAUUGUGAUUCUGGAUGAGGCGCAUAAUGUCGAAAAAAUGUGCGAGGAAUCUGCUUCGAUUCAACUGAAGAGUAGCGAUGUGGCUUUGUGUAUGGAAGAAGUCACAAACAUCAUGCGGAAAUUGGAUGACGACAAGAAUUUGGGAUUUGUGGAUGACGUUGGGGGAGCUGAAGACGGACAAACAUUUACAAUUGAGGAUUUGGCAACGUUGAAAGAACUUUUGAUGAAAUUGGAAGAAAAUAUUGAUAAUUUGAAGGCUGAUACGAAUGAAGGAACGACUCAUCCAGGAAAUUUCAUCUUUGAUCUCCUCAACCGAUCAGGAUUCAACGAAAGCAACUCCGAUAUAAUCCGAAAGUUGUUAGACGACUUGAUUCAAUGGAUAACUGCUGCUACCCAAGCUCAAGGCAAAGGCAUCUCAUCAAAUGCGGGUGGAUUGUCGCUUCUUUCGGAUGUCCUUACGAUCGUUUUUGCCGGCAAAGGAGGCGAUUUUCACGAACGCGUUCGUCGCUGUUACAAAGUUCACAUUGGCAUUGAGGAGCAAAAGAAGGAAAAGGGCUACAAAAAGAACGAUGGCUGGACCGCAAUGGGAAAAGCUCCGACGCCUUCUGUAAAGAAUAAUGCAAAAGUUGUAAGUUAUUGGUGUUUCAACCCGGGCUUCGGCAUGACACAAGUUCUCAAUAAAAAUGUUCGAAGUGUCAUUUUAACGAGCGGAACAUUGGCGCCAUUGAAGCCUCUUAUCAGCGAAUUGGGCAUUCCCGUAAAUGUUCGUCUCGAGAACCCGCAUAUCAUCAAAAAAUCCCAAGUUUAUGUCCGAAUUGUGUCGCAUGGACCCGAUAACGAACAACUAAUUUCGAAUUACGAAAACCGAAACAAUCCCAAAUACGUUGCUUCUUUGGGACGAACCAUCAUGAACUUUUGUCCUGUGAUCCCGUCGGGUUUAUUGGUGUUCUUUCCAUCGUACUUCAUCAUGAACAAAUGUAUGGAUGAUUGGCAAGCAAGUGGUUUGUGGUCUCAAAUAUCAGCGCGAAAGCCAAUUUUCAUCGAGCCACGCACCAAAGAGGAAUUUACAGUUGUCAUGAACAAUUAUUACGCGAAAAUUAACGAUCCCAAUGGCAAAGGGGCAAUUUUCAUGGCAGUUUGUCGCGGAAAAGUAUCCGAAGGAUUGGAUUUUGCCGACAUGAAUGGCAGAGGCGUUAUUAUCACGGGUUUGCCUUUUCCUCCUGUCAAAGAUCCGCGUGUCGUACUGAAGCGUCGUUAUCUGGAGGAGAAUCGAACGCGCGAAAAUGAGAUUUUAAGCGGUGCUGAAUGGUAUGGCUUGGAAGCAACGAGAGCUGUGAAUCAAGCAAUUGGGCGUGUAAUUCGGCACAAAGACGAUUACGGAGCGAUUUUGUUGUGCGAUCAACGUUUUAAUGAUCGCCGUCAAAAAGAUCAACUUUCCAAAUGGCUUCAAGGUCAUUUGCAACAAAGUUUCAAUCCGGGAUUUGGCACGAUAAUGAAGGAGCUUUCGAUGUUUUUUAAAGAAGCAGCGAAAACGCUGCCUAAACCGUCGUUGAAACCAAUUUCUUAUGAAGAGGGAACAAGCAAAGCGAGCGAAAUGUUACAAGGGAUGAAAGGAAAUGACCUUGACGAUCGUGUACCGAACUACAAAAUUGCCUUAUCCGAUAAAAAUGAUUUCGUCGAAAACGCGAACAAAGUUCAAUCUUGGUCUCGUGCGGAUUACGAAAGAAACAACAUAAAAGUCGAAUUUCCUCACGGCAAGGACUUUUUCGGAGGUUUAAAGACAGAAAGUAGCUCUAUUGACUUCAACGAUGUCUCUUCUUACAACAAUAAUGCCCCAAAUCCAUUGGUUACCAUCCACAAACGCGCUGUUUCUCCCGCAGCUAAGCAAAAUCGCCCCAAAAAAUACAAAAUUAUCCCAAACAUCAAACAAGAAGUCAUAAAUUUAGACGAUUCAGAUGAAAAAUCUCCCGAAAAAUUCACCGCAGAACUAACAAAGGAAAAUCCUCUGUCACUGAUCAACUCCAAAGCUGAGGACACGGUAACAGUAUGGCGUCGCCGCAACAAAUUCAAGGAAAAUUACCAAACUUUGGAAGAAAUUGAGGCAGAAGCGAAAGCUUUACCUACUUGUCGAGUGGAAUUCUUGAAACUCAUGAAAACCGACGUCGAUCACGCGAAUUACAAAGGAUUUCUUACGGCAUUGAGCGACUAUCGAAAAAAUCAAAAUUUAGAAUUGCUGCUUAGUAGACUGAAAAAAUGCUUUGACAUGAUAUAUUUGUUCCCGUACUUGAUGGAAAUGAAGCGUUUUGUCGUUGAUUCGCACAAAAGUCGAUUUGACGCGGAAAUUCCCUCGUUUAUUCGAAGUAAAUUAAUAAAUUAAGUUAAAUUGAUGAAUUUUUUUGACCAAAAUGG